AUGCAUAUCAUUUCAAAAACGGAUGUUCCAGAGGAACUGUCUAAAACACUUCUGCCACCACAACCAGUAGUAAAUAGAAUAACUGCGUUUGCAACAACAGCUGCGCAACAUGACGAAGUAGAUCCAUCAGUAGAUUAUUUAGCUGACCGAAAAGUUAUACCAUCAACAACUAAACAUAUGGCAUAUCAAUGGCCACCAAUAAUUCUACAAAUAAUACGUGCACGUUAUCCUGAUAAUGUCAAGAAUUAUGAUUAUUAUAAUGCUCAACCAAUUAAAUUAACAUUAGACGAUUUAAUAGAAUUGUUUCAUUGA